UGAGAGGUCAUUAACUUGGAUAUGUUCCCUUUUGUUUUGGUGUGUUUAUUGAGCAGAUAUCUACUUGGAAACAGGAAAAUGGAUAUCUUAACAAUACCCUGUCACCGAUGUUUUGUAGAGACAAAUGUCAUGACAGCAUUUCCUGCUGGUAAGAAUUUACCCUUUGACUCUGAUGAAUGAAAAUGAAAGUAAAUUUCAACACUGCUGAACAAGCUGAGAGACUUAUGAGAUCUCUGGUGAAAAACAGACAUUUGAAGGGUGUCAAUCAGACAGUUCAAAAGGGAGCAAUUCGGUGAGUAAGAAAGAAAGCAACUUUAAUGUAAAUGGCUGAGAGAAGGCUUCUUGAAAAUUUCCUGAGCUGCCAUGUGUGUUCAGAGACGUUCAGAGAUCCUGUGUCUCUGAGCUGCAACCACAGCUUCUGUUCAAGCUGCCUGCAACAAUUCUGGGAGUAAGCUAAAAGCAAAAACUGUCCUAUUUGUAAAAGAAAAUCAUCAAAGGAUUGUCCACUUGUGAACUUUACACUAAAAAACCUUGCAAAUUCAUUUGCUGGCACGCAAAAAGCUGGAUCAUCUGAGACAGCAACAGGAGAAAAGAAAUUAAUGGCAGUGUGCAGUAAACAUGAUGAAGAACCUAAACUGUUCUGUGUGGACGAGCAGAGAGCUGUGUGUCCUGUGUGUGAGUUUUCUCUCCACCAGAGUCACAAAGUGGUUCCUGUAGAAGAAGCAGUCAGUGACCUGAAGGAGCAGCUGAAAUCUGACUUAAAGUCUCUGCAGGACAAGAGGAACAAAUACAAACAAGUGGAGGAAACAUACAAUGAAAUGAUUCAACACUCCAAGAAGCAGCUGUUGUCCACAGAGAGGCAGAUCAGAGCAGAGUUCAAGAAGCUCCAGCAGUUCCUGAAAGAGGAAGAGGAGUCCAGACUGGCAGCUCUGAGGGAGGAAGAGGAGCAGAAGGGGAGGACUAUCAGCAGAGAGAUGAAGAUGAUUGAGGAGCAGAUCUCCUCUCUGUCAGACAGCAUCUCUGCUGUUGAAGAAGAGCUGCAGAAACACAGCGUGCCAUUCCUCAGCAGUUAUAAAGACACUCAGAGCAGAGCCAGAGCCCAGAGCUCAGUGUCAGAUCCACAGCUGGUCUCAGGAGCACUGAUAGAUGUGGCCAAACACCUGGGCAACCUGUCCUUCAGAGUGUGGGAGAAGAUGAAGGAGAAGGUCCACUUCAGUCCUGUCAUUCUGGACCCAAACACUGCAAGUGGCUGGCUCUAUCUGUCUGAUGAUCUGACCAGUGUGAGACAUGGAGGACAGACAUGGCAGCAGCUUCCAGACAAUCCAGAGAGAAAUAAUUAUAGUGCUAGUGUUUUUGGCUCUGUAGGUUUCAGUUCAGGGAAACACAGCUGGGACGUGGAGGUGGGAGACCAUCCUGACUGGCUUGUGGGUUUAGCUAAAGAGUCAGCUGAGAGGAAAGGAGAGCGAUUUGCUUCAGGAGACUAUGGAAUCUGGUGUUUAACCCAUCGCAGGGGAUCAUAUGCUAAUGGUCUUAGUCAGAAUGUGACGGUGAAGAAGAGUCUCCAGAGGAUCAGAGUCCAGCUGGACUAUGACAGGGGGGAGGUGUCCUUCUAUGACCCUGGAGAUAUGACUCCCAUCUAUACUCACAGAGACACUUUCACUGAGAAACUCUUCCCAUAUUUCAGUAUUGGGAAGGCAGGAGAUGCCAAAAUCUCUGAUAUCAAAAUCUGUCAGACUGCGAUUUCUUUGUAAAGUGAUUCUUUUUUAACAGUCUGUGUGGUCAUUUUUCUUGAAGGUUUUUCCUAAACUGAAAGACGAGAUUUUCAGUCCAAAAACAGUGAGCACAAUUGGCCCUGGGGGAAAUUUCUUAUUUAUAUCAUGUAAAGUACAAUAUAUUGCCAAAAGUAUAAACUUGCCUGUCUUCAAACAUAUAUGAACUUGAGCUACUCUGGAGAUCACACAAAGUGUGAAGGGCUAUGUGCAAGAAAUCUCCUUUCUUAAUUUGUUUUCCCCACUUAUAGCUUCAACUCCUUAAUUUUAUCAUGUUUAUCAGCAUUUUGUUUUCAGUCAACUGUAGCAUAUGUGUCAUGAUCAGGGGUCUUACACCCAGAGUUUUGAGAUUUCUUAUUAGACUUAUUUAGUGUCCUUUUUUGUUUUCUUAGUUUGGUUAUAUUUGAUUUUCUUCUUUGUGUUUUUGAUUAUCUUGAGCAUUAAUUCUUAGUUCUGUUUUAAGUUUGUUUUUCAUUCUACUUGGGAUUUAUAUAACAUUAUCCUUUGUUACUUUCAUAGCCUGCGACUUUAUGUAUAGACUUAAGAGCUGUGACUCCUAGCUGCAUUACUCUUAACAUUGAUCAGCAGCAGUUGUCUAUUACAGUUUGAAAGAUUUCUGUGUCCUCUGUUGUCAUAUGAUCAUGUUUUUAUUUUGGUUUUUACACUUCACUCUUAGCAUCUCGGUGGCUCAGUGUAUCAAAAAUGAUUCUACCUGUGAUUAAUUGCUAUAUUUUUAUUCUCCAACAUAAUUGUUAUUUAUUGUCACAAAAUUGUUCAUAAAUUGCCUUUGUGAUGUGAAUUAGGUGGUAUUGCUGUUGUACUUUUUUCCUGAAAAUUAGGUCUCCCCAGCCACCUCCUCCAGCUUGUCCGUGGAAAACACCA